GUACAAGGGCAGUGGCAAAGAUACAGUCAGCUCUACAAUUUUCAUUCAACUAGUGGGCGAAGCUAGGCCGUGUGAAUGCAACAACCGAUCGACGGUGUGCGAUAUAGAGACGGGACAUUGUUUGAACUGUUCGGACUCGACGGGAGGCGCGCAAUGCGAACGAUGCGCGGACGGCCAUUACGGUUCCUCGGACGGUGACGUGCCGUGCCGUCCGUGUCCGUGUCCGGCUGCGAAUCGCAACCGGCCGUCAGCUGUGACGUCAACGAAAACGAGCCUUCACUUACAAAGUGCCACUGUCAAGAGGGAUAUACUGGCAAACGCUGCGAGAGAUGCAGCUACGGCUGGUACGGGUACCCGCUGGAGCGAGAUGGCGCGUGCGUGCGCUGUGAAUGCAACAUGUAUGGUAGUGUGAGUGACGAGUGUGACGAGGAGACGGGCCAAUGCAACUGUAGGCCAGGCAUCACUGCCAGGGACUGCAGCCAAUGCCAGCC